AGUGGCUUCCCCUCCAGAAAAAAAACACGACUGUCUGGCUGCCGAAACUUGAGUUCGGCGCGGCUCCGGGGCUCCGCGCGGGGAUCAUGGCAUCUCGGGCGGGCCCGCGAGCGGCCGGCACGGACGGCAGCGACUUCCAGCACCGGGAGCGCGUGGCCUUGCACUACCAGAUGAGUGUGACACUCAAGCAUGAAAUCAAGAAGCUGAUCUACGUGCACCUGGUCAUCUGGCUGCUGCUGGUGGCCAAGAUGAGCGUGGCUCAGCUGAAACUCCUGUCGCGCGACCAGGUGGCCACACCGUACCAGUGGGAGUAUCUGUACCUGCUGAGCGUGGCGCCCUCGGUGCUGGGCCUGCUCUCCUUUCCCCGCAACAACAUCAGCUACCUGGUGCUGUCCAUGAUCAGCGUGGGGCUCUUCUCCGUGGCGCCACUCAUCUACGGCAGUAUGGAGAUGUUCCCCGCGGCACAGCAGCUCUACCGCCACGGCAAGGCCUACCGCUUCCUCUUCGGCUUCUCGGCCGUGUUGGUCAUGUACCUGGUACUGGUGCUGGCCGUGCAGGUGCACGCCUGGCAGCUGUACUACAGCAAGAAGCUCCUGGACGCGUGGUUCACCAGCACGCAGGAGAAGAAGAAGAAGUGAGGCCUGCGGGUGGAGCCGGCCUCCCGCCAGGCUGGGCGAGCAAGAAGAUGGAGGAAGCCUUCUGGACUCUGUGGUGGCCCUCUGGACAGCGGGACGCUGGAGAUUCGUCCAGACUGGGCCACGUGCCGGAGAGCCCCUGCUGUCACCGUCAGCC